AUAAACCACCCAAACAUGUCUUCCCCUUCACUAACCGUGUCACUGCCCUCCAUAGUCAUUAUCUCACUCUUUGCCUUCAUUGCUCAAGCCCAAGUUCCAGCAAAUGAAACUUUCAAGUUUGUAAACGAAGGCGAAUAUUGGCCUAAUAUUGUAGAAUAUGAUGCAAGCUAUCGCAUGCUUGAUCUCUUUGCCUCCCCCUUCCAAUUCGCUUUCUACAACACCACCCCAGAUGCCUUCACUCUUGCCCUACGCAUGGGUUUGAGGAGGUCGGAGUCGGGGUUUUAUUGGGUUUGGGAGGCCAAUCGGGGAAAACCGGUCGGCCAAAAUGCCACCUUCGCAUUUGGGACUGAUGGCAACCUGGUCUUGGCCGAUGCCGAUGGCCAAGUGGCUUGGCAAAGCAACACCGCCAACAAAGGUGUGGUAGGCUUCAAGUUGCUUUCAACUGGCAAUAUUGUACUUUAUGACCCAAAGGGUAACUUUGUUUGGCAAAGUUUUCACCACCCAUCAGACACUUUGUUAGUGGGUCAAUCUCUGCGUGCCGGGGGAGUAAGCAAGCUUGUGAGUCGGGCCUCGGAGGUAGAAAACAAAGACGGGUCUUAUAGCUUGGUGAUGGAGCCGAAAGGUUUGUCUUUGUACUAUAAGAGCAAGAGCUCACCAAGACCAUUACUCUACUUCACAUCCUCCAAAUGGAUCAAUGUUCAAAAGGGCUCACUGAACCAUGUGACACUGAAAGCUUCGCCGGACACUCAAGAGGGCUUUGCUUACGACUUGAGCUUGGACUACGUUGAGGGAAACUCCACCACCGGUGGAAAUGUCCUUCUUGCUAGACCCAAAUACAAUAGCACAUCAACAUUCCUUAGGCUGGAAAUUAAUGGAAAUUUGAGGCUUCACACUUACUAUAGGAUACUGCGUUACGGUGCAUGGGAGGUGACCUUCAGUCUUUUCGAUAAAACUUCAAAAUGGGAAGGCGAGUGCCAAUUGCCGGAGCGAUGCGGGAAGUUCGGCAUUUGUGAGGACAGCCAAUGUGUUGCUUGCCCAUCUUCUAAGGGACUAUUGGGUUGGAGCGAGACUUGUGAGCCUGAGAAGCUAACUUCUUGUGAUCCAAAGAGCUUCCACUACUACAAAGUUGAAGGGGUUGAUCAUUUCUUGAGCAAGUACACAAAGGGAGACUCAAUCAAGGAGAGUGAUUGUGCUAAGAAGUGUACAUUGGAUUGUAAAUGUUUGGGCUACUUCUACAACCAAGAUACAUCAAAGUGUUGGAUUGCUUAUGAUUUGAAAACCCUAACCAAAGUUGCUAAUUCCACUCAUGUGGGUUACAUCAAAGCACCUAAACACUAGAUGAUAAAGCCACAGAGAGAAAGUAGAAUGUGAAAUGGCAAUCUAGUGGUAUUUUUUUGUGUAUUUUCUUCCAUGUUGAUUAUAAUUUGGUGAAAUGGACAACUUAAAUGUCAUUUGUAAUGCAUGUCAGCAGAAAUAAUACUUAUUUUGAAAAUAA